AUGGUGGGGCACAGAAAGAAUUUAAUUGUUCCGACCCAAGGGUCUGCCGUGUGCCAGGACCCUGGCGAUGUAGCACAACAGGAAGCAAAGCAAAGGGAAGCAGAAAUGAGAAACAGUAUCUUAGCCCAAGUUCUGGAUCAGUCAGCCCGGGCCCGAUUAAGUAACUUAGCACUUGUAAAGCCUGAGAAAACUAAAGCAGUAGAGAAUUACCUUAUACAGAUGGCACGGUAUGGACAACUAAGUGGGAAGGUGUCAGAACAAGGUUUAAUAGAAAUCCUUGAGAAAGUAAGCCAACAAACAGAAAAGAAAACAACAGUUAAAUUCAGCAGAAGAAAAGUAAUGGACUCUGAUGAAGAUGACGAUUAUUGA